AUGCUGGAGAGGGACAGGGAGACACAUCAGACGCUGGUCUCCUCAAUCAUGCUGGCUGAGGAUAGUCUGCUGACUUCCCCAGCUGGUGAGGCAAUCGUCGUUCGCGGAGAGAUCACUGCCAGAGAAGACUCAGGCAACGCGUUUCUGGACCGAUGUGACACUCGGAAAAAGGUUGACGAAACUGGUGGUGAUGAGGGUUUUGUGGGCGAUCUCAAUAAUCUUGCUGCUCGUGUUGGUGAACCUGGCAUGGGCGUGGAGGCGGUCGGUAAUGAUGGCGGUCGAGGCAGGCUCUUGUCAUUCGCGAACGUGACCUCGGGCCCUGUUUCUGGCUUUGUGAGCAUCUUGAGGACAUUUAUUUCUGCUUUUAUUGCGUCAUAUGAGAUUGAAGAAAGUAACCAGUUCUUAAUUCUGGACACACUUUGCCUGAUUUACCAUGGGGAGGAAUCACUUUCGACGCAAUUUUGGGAUGGAGAAAGUUUUGUUGAUGGUCCAAUUCGAUCCUUACUUUACAUGCUUGAGAAUGAAUUCCCUUACCGCAGUGUGAAACUUCUUCGCUUCUUGUCUGCCGUCUCUGAAGGGAAGUGGUCUGCAGAAUGCGUGUAUAACUUUCUAAAUAAGAUGUGUGGUGUCACAUCAUUGUUUGAGAUUCCUCAUGGUUCCCAUGUGAACAUACAUGAUACUGUUGUAACCCAUCAUCAUCUAUAUGUCCUGGGGGUUGAAGGCCUUUAUAUUCCAAUGGGAAGCCGUGGGUUUGUUUUGAGAAUUGUCGAUUCCAAUCGGGCACUGGUUCGUUGGGAGAGCAAGGUAUCUGGUGUUAUUCUGUUGCUAUUUCGUAUGGCACAGUGUUCCUUUUUGAACAACAAUGAGGAAGCAUGCCUUGCGCUGAACUUGUUCUAUCGGAUGAUGUCAUUUAAUAUGGUGAUCACUUUUGCUUUGCUUAAUAUCGAGAAGUUAUAUCCUUCUGAAGUUGGGCAGCUUGGUGGAAAUCUGGCAAAUAACCUUAGGGCUGAUAUGGUGGAGAUCAUUUGUAGUUUAAUCCUCAAUUUAUCUCAUGAUGUCAGUAAUGCAACUUUAGUUUCCAUUUGUAUCAAGAUCCUGGCUCUCAUGUUGAAGUGUGCUCCUUCUCAUGUCAUCGAUGUUGCUGCAAGGAUGAACAUUUUUGGAACAGAAAAUGCUGGUACAUCAAGUGCCUCAUGGUUGCUUUCAAGUGGUUUUGCGAGAAUGCUCUUGGCUGAUUGUGUUGAGAGCGAGGAGGAUUUAUCUUUGACCACUUCAGUUCUUGAUUUCACGUUGCAGCUUUUAGAAACUGGAGCAGAGAAUGAUAUGGUUGCUGCUCUUGUUGUAUUUUCUCUUCAAUUUGUCUUGGUUAAUUGUGUACAUUGGAGAUACAAGCAUAAGUACUCUUGUUUGAAAUUAACAUUCAAGUUGUUUGAAUUGAUGAAAAGCUGCACAAGAGCAACACAUGUUUCAGUACAAUGUCGUCGUAUUGUUAGUGACAUUGUACUGAAUGAUUCUUCAAUUCAUAAUGUCAUAUGUCAUGUGCUUUGCAAUUUGGUUGAGGAUACAGAGAACUUGUCUUUGAGCAGCCACCAUGAGCUUAAGGAGAUUGAAUGUCUACAACGCACUCUCUGUUCUGCAUUAGACACUAUUUUUUCCCUUCUUGGUGAUCUUUCAGAGGAAAAUAUUUCAAGUGCACCAGCCUUUGUCCGGAUGCUUUUUUCAUCUGCUGCUAAGCCAUUUCCACUUGUAACAGGAAUGUUAUUAUUGAUAUCCUCCUGUCAUAAUUCUGCAAUUCAACUAGCUGCUGCAAGGGUACUCUCCAUGUUAUGCUUUAUUGCAUCAAAGAUUCAACCAUGUGGAUCAGAAAAUGUUAUCUUUCCUGCUGAUUCCUUGCAGAUUUAUCAUGUACGUGUAACACUCUGUAACAUUAUAGAUGAGGAAAUGAACAGAAAUGAAGAUUUGUUGAUUGGUAUAAUUGAUCUGCUUGUUUAUGCUGCUAGAUAUCAGCCUGCUUUCCUUGUUUCAAUUUUGCUUCUGGACGAGGACACGGAGAUGACUUCAAAUGCUUAUGGCGAUACAAAAGAAAAGCGUGCAGCUGUUUCUCAGUCUAUAAGAUCUAAAACGGCACUUGAACCAGUUAUGAAAUAUGUGAAAAUAUCUGAUAUUUUUUUUAAAAGUUCUCCUUGUUUUCUGUUGGCUGUGCUCAAACUAUUGAAGGCUUUAUGGGAAAGGGGAGGUCAGUAUAUCAAGAUCUUGGAGAAGAUUAGAAGCUCUGAAGAGUUUUGGGGAAACUUGUCAUUAUCAAUUGCAGCAAAGGAAAUUAUGUCUACUUCAUCUGAAAAUUUGAAAGGUGAUGAGAUUCAAUUAGCAGCAUACAGGUACCAAUGUCAAGCGACUGUUUUAGAGAUCAUGGCACAGGAAAUGUUCUUUGUAAAAAAGUUUUUAUGUCAAGAUAUGAAGCAAACCAGUGAAGCUUCCAAAGAAGGCAUCCAAGCUUUGACAACUACUGACAACUUGGAAGCUGCUAACGUACUUAAUCUUAAAGAUAUCUUAUCAGCUUGGUGUAAGAGCCCCACUGUAGAAAAUCAAAUCAAAUCAUGUUCAUCUGGCAGAUCUAUCCAGGAUAUUGGUCUUCAUGCUAAGAUGGCUGUAUGCUUGUGCGUUAUGCAUCUGAUGUGUAAAUUGUUAACCAGUGAUGGUGGGAGCUUAUCGUGCUCAUUAAUUGGGAAGAUUCAUGCGAUCAUUAAGAAGUUAACUGAACAUCCAUCAUUUACUUCCCUUCUGUCACAAUACUCCACUCUUGGCUAUAGUGAGGGGAAGGACUUGACCAGUCUAGUAAUCAAUGAUCUCUACUAUCACCUACAAGGAGAGCUGGAAGGCCGCGAGAUGAAACCUGGCCCUUUCAAAGAGUUGUCAAAGUUUUUGCUUGAAAUGGAAAUUUUUGAGUGUAAGGACCACAAGAUUGAGCAUGAUAUGCCCACCAGCAAAACUGUUUUUCUGUUUGACAUCACUUGCUUGCGAGCAGAGUUUCAAAUGGAAUUGUGGGAUUAUUCUGAUUGGAGAGCAUCUAAAGAAAUAGCUGAAAGGAUGUUUUUGCAUAUGCAUAAUGCAAAUUCACUGAUGUUUCUUCACGAAUCAAAACAUUUUGCAUUGAAAGGCUUGAUUGCUAACCUAUCCAUGUAUGAGCAACAUAUAACUGAAACAAAGCAAAAGUCAAUUGGUCUUAUGAUCUCAAAGCCUGUCAUCAUCUCAAGCAUUACGCAUGUAUGCCAUUGCUUGCAAGAAACUUUAGAUUCACUUGUUUCAGCUCAAAAAACACCACAGUUUUUGCUGAGGCUACUUGCAAGCCAGGCAGAGAUGCUGCUCAUUCUGUCCAGAAUUUUGUGUAAUCCAAAUUUGGGCACACCUGAUCAGAGUGAGCUCUUGCUUGUUUUUGCACUUAUCAUAAAAAAGUCAGGCAUUGGUAUUAGGUUAUUGGCUGAUAUUAGACCAAUGACUCCUGUGCUAAACAAAGCAAUGAAAGUCCUCCUUAGUUUGCUUAUGACUUCAAUUGGUUUCAGCCAACCAAAGGCAGAUAUGAAUUAUAAGUCAGAUGUGGGAACUGAGUUAUCACUGUCUUGUCUUGGACUAUUACCUGUACUUUGUAAACUAGUUGAGAACAUUGAAUUUUGUGACCUCUCUGUUGCUUCACUGGAUGUGAUGCUGAAGCAUUUUUUGGCUCCUGAUACUUGGUUGCCCGUCCUACAAAAGCAUCUACGCAUGCAGAUAGUUCUUCAGUUGAUUCAGCAUAAGGAUACUCAAGUUUCCAUUUCCUCAAUUUUAAAUUUCUUUCUAACCCUGGCCUGUGUCAGAGGUGGAGCCAAAAUGCUUCAUUUUGCCAAUUUCUUUUCUUCCCUUAAGGUGUUAUUUGGUCAUUUCUUAGUAAAUGAAGCUUUCUCAAAUAGUUUGGAUAUGGACAGUUAUUCCAACAUGGCCAAUAAGGAUGAAAACAAACACAUCUGGAGUCUUGGAUUGGGCAUCAUAGUGUCCAUGAUUUGUUCCCUUGGUGAUGAUUCGUCUUGUGCCAACAUUGUAGAUGGGGUUAUACACUACUUCUCGGAGAAAGCCUACCUGAUCUCUGGGUCUCUUUUUUCUCUGAAACUACCAGCAGAUGCUCACAACAAGAAGAGGGCACGAAUUCCUAAGGCACAAACUUCUCUGACAGCUCUCAGAGAAACUGAGCAUACUCUUGCACUUAUUUGCGUGCUUGCAAGAUAUCAGGCUUCAUGGAGUAAGGGCAUGCAACCGGUAGAGUCAGAUCUGAGAGAAACUGCUGUCCAUAUCUUGGCCUUUAUAAGCAAGGCAGGUCAGCGCCUUGAUGAUUCACCUUACAAGACAUCAUUUUAUUGCCCUCCUGUCCUGAAAGAGGAGGUUGCCAUGAAUGGAAGGCCAUCAUCCAUUAAUGUGAAAUCUGGAUGGUUCAAAACACCUAUUAGCCAUUUGAGUAAAAGUGAAGUAUUUGCUCCCCCAAGUGCUGGAUUAGCAGUUGUGGUCAAAGAUCAAGGUGAAAAUGUUAAUGAGUUUCGGCAAACACAAUUUUCUGAUUUGGUCGCCAUACAGAUCUACAGAAUUGCUUUUCUUCUUUUAAAAUUUUUGUGCAUGCAAGCCAAAGCUGCAGCUAAAAGAGCAGAAGAGGUUGAGUUCAUAGACCUUGCUCGGUUCCCUGAACUUCCCAUGCCAGAGAUUCUACAUGGCCUGCAGGACCAGGCUAUUGCUAUAGUCACUGAAAUAUGUGAAACAAAUAAAUCCAAGCCCAUUCAUCCAAAAGCAGAAGGUGUAUGUUUGUUAUUACUACAAGUAUUGGAGAAAUGCUUGUAUCUUGAGUUCUGUGUGUCGCAGUCUUGUGGCAUCCGGCCUGUGUCAGGACGUGUCGAAGACUUCUCAAAGGAGUUCAAACGAUUGCUUCAAGUUGCAGAGCCACUUACAAGCUUCAAAGCAUCUCUCAGGUCACUAAUGCAGAUAAUAACACUCGUGUAUCCUGGAAUACUGCAAAUUAACAGAAUUGUCUGAUGUUUACGUCUAAUAGUCCAAAUGUACCCCUCAAACAACUUGUAUAACUGAAUAUUGGUGUACGCAUGCCAUCAGAUGACCAUCAUUAACCUGUAGAAGAGCAUUCGAAUACUUCGCAGUUGGCCCUUCCAAUCAAGAGAGUUCAGAGUGAUGACCGCAUGGAUUCUUUGCAACUUGACGAGGUUCUCCAUCGCUGACUGUAGGCUAGAUAGCAUUCAGCUUCUCUGGAAGAUUAGGAAUGGUGUGAUGCAUCCACCCAGGGAUUCUACAUGCAAGUUCUGUUAAAAAAAAAAAAAAGGAUUUGAUGAGUUUAAGGGUGGGUACAUUUCAUCCUUUUUACUUGUCCAAAUACCAAGUUUACAUUUACAUUCUGCCUGUAUUAUUAUUCAAAGAUUCUUUUAGUUAGCAACAUUUUCUCAACCUUUUAAAUUGAGAGAGAGAGAGAGAGAGGGAGAGAGAGAGAUCCUAUGCUUUGUGUUUUAAAGUUGCAGCAACCCUUGUAAGUUAAAGUUUGGAGGCCCUUUCUCAACCUGGUGGAAUUUUGCUCA